AUGAAGACUCCGUCUCCCUCCUUCACUCACAAUGACUACGGAGUUGCUUGCAUUUGUCCCAUGGGCCUCGAGCAAGCACCGCUCGAAGCAAUGCUAGACUCUAUCCAUCCCAAUCUCCCUUACAACCGGGACCAAAACAGUUAUACCCUUGGCCGGAUGGGGGCGCACAAUAUCGUCAUUGCCGCGAUGCCGGAGAUUGGGAACAACAACGCCGCGGCGGUUGCAACACAGCUGCUCAACGACUUCCCUUGCAUCAGAUUCAGCUUACUGGUUGGCAUUGGUGGAGGUGUUCCCGACACGGAUCGCAAUAUUGACAUUCGUCUAGGCGAUGUGGUGGUGAGUAACCCGUCCGGUACAUACGGAGGCGUGGUGCAGUUUGAUCGCGGCAAGGUCCUGUCUGGCGGUCGGUAUGAGCGAGUAGCAAUGUUGCAGAAGCCUCCCGGUAUUCUCUUGGCUUCUGUCAAAAGGCUUGAAUCGCUCCACAGGCGGAUAGACAGCCAAAUACCCACUAUCCUCGCGGAUAUGAUCCGGAGGUUUCCCAAAAUGGAGAAGGGAAACUAUGUACACCAAGGGGCUGGGAAUGAUCGGUUGUUCCAGGCAGCAUUCGAGCACCGUGCUGGCGAGGACUGUCGGCAGUGCGAUCCCAGAGAAACUAUUGAGCGCGCCCCUCGGACGUCUUGGGAACCGGUGAUUCACUACGGGAUGAUCGGGUCUUCAAACAGCGUUGUCAAGGACAGUACGACAAGGGACAGGCUGAAGGCUGACUUCAACAUCCUUUGUGUCGAAAUGGAAGCAGCGGGUCUGAUGGACAGUUUUCCAUGUCUAGUUAUACGCGGCAUUUGCGACUAUGCCGAUUCGCACAAAAGCAAGAGAUGGCAGCCCUACGCUGCUGCUACCGCGGCCGCGUACGCGAAGGAGUUGCUCUUACUCGUCCCGCCGUUGAGCGUACCAUCUUCUAUGCAGGCGGGGGAAGAAUCUAGUCGAGCAAAAGGCCGGACUACCAUAACUACUGGCAACGUUCGGAGCCUAGUGAACGGGUCUGUCACAGGAGACAUUGUGGGAGGAGACAAGAUUUGCGGUAUCAAAGUGGCACAACACGAGUGGAAGUAA